CCAGUUUCCGCAAGUUACGCAAGGGUCUUCCGCGGACAACAAGUGCUCAAAUUGCCCCACCCAACAGCACCAGAAGAAGUUCGCCGAAGAAGUGUGCUCAAGCAGCUGUUGGAGUUCAGCGAAGAGUUCAGCGAAAAGCGGAAAUAGUGUCUGUGCCUGUGUGAAAGUGUGCGCAAAAUUGUGCUCGAAAGUAUAGUUUGCUCGAAGGUUGAACCAACUACUAAGCCAGCGUGCAGCAGCGGCGUUGACAUCGACGGUAGCUCCUCCCUGUCCACCUCUACGGCUUCUGCUACGGAACGCCUCUUCGCCGAGUCGGAUUCCUUGGCCGUGCACGCUCUACUUAGCUUGAAGGUGGCAGACUGCAGACUGGCUUGUGCAUCCACCCCAUACCGGCCACUCGAGUGCCCCGCCGGAGGAGCAUCCAGAGGCGCGUCGCGUCCAACCGCCCCAGGCCCGCACCCCCUUUCCGAUGGGUUGACACGACACCCAGUUCCGGCGGCCGGCGGUCUUCCUGACGACGGGAAAUAAAAGAUAGUUUGUGUGAAAGAGAGGAGCGGAGAGGGAGGGAAAGUGUGCAGAUUUGGAACCUUGGAACCGGAUUACGGAGCGGAAGCUGACCGGAAGGUGCAGGUGACCUCACCAGCCACGCCGCGUAGAUCUACGCAAGUCUCGUCGCGAAGACGUCGCCGUCAACGAAUCAGCAGUGUUGGGAGAGUAGCCCUUGCUUACACCGGCCUCACCGUGUCUAGCCGCCCACCCAGUACCGCUUUCCAAUGAGAGUAGUCGGAACGUCGUCGAGUCGUCGGUACAAAUUGGCCAAGGCAGCCGCCGUUGCCGGCCAGGGAUACUUUGAGGAGUGCACCAUCCUGCUGCACCUGUUUGCCGGACUUGGCCUGGUCAUCGCCGACCUCAACUAUUGCCAGGCUUAGCUGGGCUCGCACCGGGCUCAGCCGAUUUCGUAGUUAAGUGCCCAAGAAGUCUCUCGAGGAAGCAAAGCGGAAGGAAGUUUGUGUGCUCAAGUGCUCGAUCCGUCCAGGAAAAGUCUAGGAGAAGUAAAGAAAAAAAAAAGAAGUUAGUGCUAUUUUACACCUUAUUGUGUUCAGGAAAAAGGCCCCAAAAUAGGCACCAUGUUGAAAGUGGUCGGUGCAUCGUGGUACAGAACGCGGAUAAGUACGUACAUCCUGGUGGGGGCGUGCAUGCUUGCGUUCGGGGCGUUCUUCAUCGCCGAUAUGGAAAGACCCGUCUACAACGGCACGUACUGCGCCACCGCGUACUGGGCCCGCAAUUCGGGCUUCCGCGUCGAGUUCUGGGGCCAGCGUAAUGAUCUGGAGGCGGUGCCGCAGGGUGCGGUGCGCGCCUGCUACAGCGACUCGCUGCUCGAGAGCGGGUGGUCGCAGCUGGAGCUGGAAUCGCAGCAGGAGUUCCCGGACAAGAUCCAGGCGUUCGCCGCCGGGAUGCUGGAGGGGGCGCUCAGCUGGCACAACAUCUACCUGCACUGGUCAAAUACUGUUCACGCGGAAUGUUCCCGGGACGAUCAGUCGGAGGAGUUUUGCGAUUGGUUGCGUAAGAUCAUAACGACGAACGUGGAGACGGUCAAGAAGAUGGCGGACAUGAAGAGUGAGCAUGACCAUUACUGGUAUCAGAUUGGGUUGUUCUACGAUCAGUUGGAUGGUUUGGAGUUUGGCUUCCGGAAGGGAGUUCGACGAUCCCGGCAGGACUACGAGAUUCCGAUGGAGGAUUUCCUGUUGAUGAACAGUGCGGUUGAUAUUCGGGACUUGAAGGCGUACUACAUGAAUUAUCUGGACGGGGAAAGUGGCUUGCAGUUGGAACCGAACAAGGGAAUGAUGCUGUUGAAGAUCCUGGAGUCUGGUGGAGGUCUGGUGAAGAUCUUGCUUGGUCACACAAGUGACGGCAGCUACGCUUCGAUGUUGCGCAUGGUGAAGAAGUACACGCUGAGGUAUCACUUUUCCGAGGACUCCAGCGUUGACCGAGUGGUACCGAGUACCAACAUCGUGUUCACGGGAUAUCCGGCUACCCUGGCAUCACUGGAUGACUUCUACAUGCUCUCUGGCGCUCGGCAUCGCAUGGUCGCGGCCGGCAUUAAGAUCGCGAACGACAAUCUGAAUCUCUGGACCAAGAUUGACCUGGUACGAUCGGUGGCUUUGGCUCCCCGGGUUAUGGCCACGAACCGAUUGGCGCACAGUGGCCGCGUUUGGGCCAAGUAUUUUGCGCGCAGCCCAUCGACCGGGGCCAAGCAGUGGUUGAUCGUGGACAUGAAGCGGCUCAACCGAGGUUUAAACGUCACCGACGAGUCCGCUGAAGUGGAAGAGAUCCUGGCGGCGGCGGCUGCCGGAGGCCACGUGGAACCGAACGAGUACGAAGAACAUCACACAGAGACGCGCCACAUGGACGACUACGUGGACGUUAACUUUGAGGAACACGCCAGCCGAACGGCCUCGGUCAGUCGAAUCAGCGACGGAGGUCUGUUUUGGGUUGUGGAUCAGCUUCCCGGAAGGCUGCACGCCGAAGACAUGACCGAAGCAAUCAUCCGCGACGGAUACUGGCUGGGCACGGGAGUGCCGAUCUUCAAGGAACUGGCGGACAUUGGCCGGGUCAAGACGAACACCACCGACUCGACGCAACAUUCCAUCCAGGACAAGAUCCUCAACAACAUCACCGACCUCGAGGGCUUGGCCAAAUUCAUCCGGCACAGCGCGUACCGCGGUGACCUGGACCAGCAGCGCCCCAUGGCGUUCGGCAACAUCGACAUGAAGCUGCUCGUCGAUGGCAACGAGAACAGCACCACAUUCCAGGCUUAUUCGGGCCCGCUGUACGAUCCGCCGCUAAGCGAUGGCCAGGCGGCCAAGCGCAGUGUGAUGUCGGAGGGGGAGGGCGAAGAACCGGUGCGCACCAGACGCCUCAAACCGUUCGAGUGGAGCGGAGCCGCUUCCAAGCUGGACGUGCGCCACCAGGGCCAGCCGGACGUUUGGGACUUUGGACGACAGUCGCCGCAGUGGGCGUGGGACUGAACAAAGGGUUGUGAUCUCCGUGGGUUGAGGGGAAAAAAUAUGUGCCUUAAAACUUAAACAAAUCACUUUUUAUAGAUUUUUUCGCCUUCCAUUAGAAUAACAAAUUCGAAUUGUGACGAGAAAAAUUUUAAUCGAAAAAAGAACAGAUGCAAUAUAAAGUUUUUGACAAUCCUAUUGUGAAGCAGCACAAUUUUGACGUAUUAAAUAAAUAGCAAAGUUUUACAAAAAGA